UCGCGGGGGAUACCUACAAGGCAGCAAAGGACGCUCUCACAGCACACUUCUCACCAAAAAAGAAUUUGACAGCGGAUCGAUACCGAUUUUUUUGCACAAAGCCCACAUCACCAGAAGAAAUUCAUGACCACUGGAUAACCAGACUCCGGACAAAAGGUAAAGACUGUGAGUUUGAGAACAUGACAUUAGAUGAAGCGAUUAAGCUAGUAGUCACCCUACACAUUCCAUCAGACAAACUCCAACGAGACAUUAUAGCAAAGGAUAUGGAUUUGAAAACACUCAUAGACAGUGCCAGAGCUUUAGAGCUCGCACAAAGGGAGGUGACCUUCAUGAAGCAAAAUAUUCUGGAACCAGUAGAGUCAACGGUAAAUACUGUUUCAAAGACGAGCCAUGAGUCAAAAGGUAGUUAUACACAAAGUCUCCAAAAAAGAAUUUGACAGCGGAUCGAUACCGAUUUUUUUGCACAAAGCCCACAUCACCAGAAGAAACUCAUGACCACUGGAUAACCAGACUCCGGACAAAAGGUAAAGACUGUGAGUUUGAGAACAUGACAUUAGAUGAAGCGAUUAAGCUAGUAGUCACCCUACACAUUCCAUCAGACAAACUCCAACGAGACAUUAUAGCAAAGGAUAUGGAUUUGAAAACACUCAUAGACAGUGCCAGAGCUUUAGAGCUCGCACAAAGGGAGGUGACCUUCAUGAAGCAAAAUAUUCUGGAACCAGUAGAGUCAACGGUAAAUACUGUGUCAAAGACGAGCCAUGAGUCAAAAGGUAGUUAUACACAAAGUCACAAACAUCUCAAGAAGAAACACAUGACCGACAAAUGCACAGAAACAAAGGCACAGUGGUAGUUUGUAAAUAUUGUGGACAGCAAAGACCCCACAAGGGAAGGUGCAAGGCACGCGGGGCUACCUGCAAUAAAUGCAAGAAGAAAGGACAUUUCGCAGUAGUCUGUCAGUCCAAACCAUACAAAGCAUAUAAACCGAUAGAACAGCUUCAAGAAGAGGGUGGUGACAACGAAGACCCACGGGCUUCAUACAAGUUUGACCAAUUGACAUGGGAACUUGACCAAGUGACCACUGACACAAAAGUGACAAAAGCAAUGUCACAACCAUCAGAAUACAACACCAAGGUAACAAUUAGAGUACAAGACCAACGGCUAAAAGUACAAGUGGACUCGGGUGCAGAAUCAACGUUAUGA